AUGGCUCAAGUCCAGCUCCCAGAGCCGUUUGCCAGCAUCCCGCGGGAAUCCUUCCUUUUCGGCGCCUCGCCGAUCCAGCACCUCCCGCGCAUGAGCGCCGCCCUGGGUGGCAAAGUGCAGGUGUACGCAAAGCGAGAAGACUGCAACUCCGGCCUCGCUUACGGCGGCAACAAGACGCGAAAGCUAGAGUACCUCGCGUCCGAGGCGCUGGCGCAGGGCUGCGACACUCUCGUGUCCAUAGGCGGCGUGCAGUCCAACCACACGCGGCAGGUAUCUGCCGUGGCCGCCAAGCUGGGGCUCAAGGCCGCCACCGUCCAGGAGCACUGGGUCGAGUGGUCGGACCCGGGGUACGAAAAGGUCGGCAACAUCCAGCUGUCGCGGCUGAUGGGCGCAAACGUGAACCUCGACCCGUCCACGUUUGGCAUUGAGCAUAAGACGACGCUGGCGCGGCUCAAUGCCGACAUAAAAGCCAACGGUGGCAAGCCCUACUACAUCCCCGCGGGGGCUUCAGACCAUCCGCUCGGCGGCUUGGGCUUCGCGCGGUGGGCGUUUGAGGUCGAGGCGCAGGAGAAGGAGCUGGGCGUCUUCUUCGACACGGUCCUCGUAUGCGCCGUCACGGGCUCGACCAUGGCCGGCAUGGUGGCCGGCUUCAAGCUCGCACAGAAGCUCGGCUCCCGCCCGCGCAAGGUCAUCGGCAUCGACGCCUCGGGCAAGCCCAAGGAGACGUUCGACCAGGUGCUGCGCAUCGCCAAGUUCACCGGCGCAAAAAUCGGGCUGUCCGAGGACGACAUUACCGCCGAGGACAUCAUCCUGCGGGACGAAUACAACGCCGGCGUUUACGGCAUUCCUGACGAGACGACCAUUGCUGCCAUGAAGUUUGGCGCCCAGACGGAGGCCUUCAUCACGGACCCGGUGUACGAGGGUAAGAGCCUCGCGGGGAUGAUGGACCUGAUUAAGACGGGACAGGUCCCUGGAGGCAACAUUCUGUAUGCACACCUGGGCGGACAGCUUGCGUUGAAUGCGUACUCGGCGAUUGGGGAAUGA